CGAAAACAAAAACAAGAAAAUUAAAGCUGUUCUAAGGCUAAGCAAAUGUCAUAAACAGUCAUUGUGCGGGAUUCCGUAAUGGCCCAAGUGGGAAAACUCAACCAGUGGCUUCGGCAAUCAUUUUCGAUUUUGAAGCGGGUAUUUCAGGGAGAUCUUUUUAUCAAGGGAAGAGUGCACGGGCCUCUGCCUCCGACUGAGAUCAAGAAUCAAACGCCAUCGGGAAAAGGAAAGACCAGUCCCGAAGACAAAGAGCCCACAGUACCUAUCCAAGGAAGAUCGUUUUUCCAAAAUCUGUUUCGCAAGCCCAACGCGGAUUCGGUGUCCGUCGAGACGGCGGUUGAAAAAGCCAUGCCUUUUCCUCGAAUGAGUCGGGUGAUACCACCUUGCCGACAGGAUUUCGAGGUGCUUUCUACCCCAAAACAGGAUUCUAUUGAUAAAUCGUCAUCGACAAAUGCCAAGGACGAUACGGUCAUAAAAAAUGUAUCUUCAGUAGACCUUUUGGUGGAUUUCUUCGAUACGAAAUACGGCAAACGAGCUGUCCAAAGAGAUUCCAUGGAAAUCACAACUACAACAGCAUUAACAAAUGGUCCGCAUCCAGAAAUGUGGGAUCGCAGGCUUCGGUUGAAAGUGAUUGCUCAGUCAAACAAUAUCUGUUUGUCGAAAGAAUUGCCGAAGAAAGACGGAUUGGAGCAGGAAACCCUGGAUGAAAAUGGGAAGCCCUCGAAAGCUAGGUUUUGUCGAACCAUCUACUACAAGCGGCUCGGCCCCAAGCAAUAGGUCGCUAGCAGUGAGAUCAUCCAAAUUCCAGUAAAAAAUAAUUUUUAAAACAGAGUAGCCCUGAACUGGGCUAGAACUUUGUUCUUCUUCCAUUUUUCGUUUUAAAAUAUUUUUUUUUUGGUUUCAAUUGAAGACGAGUAACUUUACAGUAAGAAGUAACAGUAGGAAACUGAUGGGCCUCUUAAGGAAACCGUCAGAAAAUCCCCAACCGUCGAAUGCGGUAAGCGAUGAGGACUGCAAUGGAAGUGGAGGUAGGGUAAUUCAGCUUGUUCCCGCCAGGCAAAGAAAAAAAGCCUACAUCAACGAAGAUGAUGAAGAUUCAUAGGCAGUCGACCAGAAGGAGACCGAUCUCCUCCAAUGCUGCCUUCUACCGAGGAGCAAUAGAAGAUGUGUAGAGUUAAACAACUAUUAAAUAUGUGAAAUUCAAUCAAA